AUGGCACCUAGUGGAGAUGAGGCCGUUAACCUCCUCUCUCUCGAUGGCGGCGGUGUUCGGGGAGUCUCCUCGCUCGUCAUUUUGGAUGCCAUCAUGACCAAAAUGAAGGACAAGUACAAUCUUGAUGAGAUUCCCAAACCAUGCGACUAUUUUCAUAUGAUUGCCGGAACCAGCACUGGAGGGCUCAUCGCGAUUAUGCUGGGACGAUUACGCAUGUCAACCCGAGAGGCCUUGGACGAAUAUGACAACUGCGCCGCCAAGAUCUUCUCGAAGAGUAACCGCAAGAAAUGGAGCGUCUCAGAAAGAUUUCGGGCCACUGCGCUUCAAGAAGCUGUCGAGGGCAUCGUCAAGGCACGCGGUCUAGGGGAAACCAUGUGGGAUCCUGAGCGCCCCGACAAAGGGAAAGCAAUCGUCUGUGUCAUGCCAUCCAAGAGCAUUGAGGACGCCCGGGUAGUACGUUCUUUUCCGGGAGACCCGGGCGAGCCGCAGUGGGACAGGAACAUCACCAUCUGGCAGGCCGCGAGAGCUACCACGGCAGCCUCAUCUUUCUUCAAACCACAAAAGCUAGGCGACGGGCCCGAAGCGCAGACAUACAUCGACGCAGCCAUCGGCGCCAAUAACCCCAUCAAGUACCUCUUGGAUGAAGCAGUACUUGAGUUUGGGACGGGUCGGCGUCUCGGUUGUGUUGUUAGUAUCGGCACCGGUACCCGCCAUAUCGAGUUGGGAAGAGCCAUUACGGGUCUGAAGAACUUUGUUCAAGCCCCUGGCUGGUACAUUCAUCUGAUCAAAGCAUUAAAGUCUAAGGCGACCGACGCCGAGGAAGCCCAUCGCCAACUGCAGUCGAGGCUGGUCCGCUUUCCUGGCUCCUAUUUCCGGUUCAACGUCCCAGAAGCGGCCGAGAAGGUCGGCUUGCACCAUUACGAGAAGAUGCCCGAGCUGAAAUCGUUGACAGCGGGUUAUCUUGGCGAGAGAGCAAUCAGCGAGCAGGUUCAGAAGAUAGCAGAGGUCUUGAAAACAGACGUGUUCCACCACGGCCUUAUGCUCGGCCACCUCAGUCUCGACGAAGAGCAAGUGAUCUUAUCGAACCCGAUCCAGAAACUAGGAAUGUCAAGCUCUUUCUUCACCGGGCGGCAAGACAUCCUGCAAAGCCUUGACUCCCUUUUCUCUGAGCGCAAUACAGGAGGAAAGCCGCGCCGAGAGUGCUUACUACACGGAAUGGGCGGUGUCGGUAAGACACAAAUCGCACUGAAAGUCGGUGAGGUUUUCGAGGACAGAUUCAAGUACAUUUUCUUCAUUGACGGAUCGAUGCCUUCGACAAUCUGCCAGAGUUAUGCCCAAAUCUGCAAGCGGCACAAUCUAGGACACGGCAGUACCGAAGCCAUGGAAAUCCUUGCGAUGCAAUGGAUGGAAGAGCUGACAGAAGAAUGGCUGAUGAUCUUCGAUGACUGCAACUUGGUUGACCGGCGAAGCCACCUCCCUGGCAGAGGCAAGGGGAACAUUAUCUACACCUCUCGGUUGACAUCGCUCAAGCACGGCCUACCCCCUGAUUGCGUUUUUGAGAUCACGCCAUUCGGUGUACCCGACGCCGUCGAGCUUCUCCAGAGAGCGUCUGGCUUCCAAGGCGAUCCUGAAGUCCACCCGGACGCCGCCUUGGCCGAAGAUAUUGUGAAGGAGCUGGGGUGUCUCCCGCUGGCCAUCGACAAAGCAGCAGCGUCUAUCAGGGAUGGGAUGAUGUUAGAUUACUAUCUCACGGGUCUUCGGACUCGCAAGGUUGGCAUUCUCCACGACCCCCGCUUCAAGGACAAAAACGUUGAGAACCCGACAGUCUAUGCCGCCCUAGAACUUUCUUACGCCGCCAUGGAGGCACGGCGGCGCCGUGGAGGGAGGCAAUUCGCCGGCCGUUCCGCCGUGGUGGCUCUCAAGUUAUUGGGGGUGCUUUGCUUCUACCACUACAAAGACUUUCCGAUCACAGCCCUAGAGAGCGCGGCUAAGGAACGGUACAAGCGUAAGGCACAUUUGGUUUACCCGCUAAGCAAGAUCAUGGAGCCCCCCGACUCGGAUCUCGACUGCAUGCUGGAGGUCAAGGAGGACGGGAGCUGGGAUGUGAACUGGGUAUCAGUGGGGUUGAAGGUUCUGGAGACCUUUUCCCUCGUCAAGCGUGAUCGCAAGACAUCCACUGUAUCGAUGCACGUCUUGGUCCACAGCUGGGCCCGACACCGAAUGGAGCAAGAUAUGUACCUUCGAUACUGCCUAGUAGCCAAGAUCAUCCUCAGUGAGUCGAUUGUGCUCUCAUGGAGAUGGCUCGACAAAACAGAUGCCCGGUUGAUGGGUCCGCAUGCUGCCGCGUGCUUGGUGCGUCGAUCGAAAGAGCUGCAACACGAUGAGUACGAGGCCCAAUUGCAGCUAAAAAGGGGGUGGAUGUAUGAACUGAACAAGGGAUUUGAGGAUGCCGAGAGAGAAUUUCUCAAGUGCAUGCGUUUCUGGAAAGUGGAACAAGGCAACGAUUCCUGGAGCGUUAUCAACACUCUACAACGGUUGGCCGCGCUCUACCAUGAGAUGGGCCGUUUGGGGGAUGCUGAAAUGGCUUACUUGGAAACCGCCAACAGAAUGCACAAGAGGAUCAAGGAAUGUGAGGAUGCCAUGGCGGCUGUGGAAGAGGCCGAACAAAACGCAGUUUCCCAGGACCCUUCUUCUGAGGCUCGAUCGACUUGCGAUCCAGAAAACCUCCCUCAAAAGCCGUCACAGAUGAGGAACCGCUCAUCCAGAACCCUCAGGCGGCUCCUAGAGAACAGUCGGGACGGCUUCUCGAAAGGGAAAGAGGUGGUCAAACCCACCGAUCUAAGCCCACCACCGGAACAGAUAGUCGCGAAAACAGAAAGACCACAACCUCCUGACGACAUUGACCAACUCUGGACACGAUACAAUAUUCUUCACGGAAAGCUAGCGAAGGUGUAUAUGGAUCAGGACAGGUACGGCAUGGGCAAGCGCAUGCUCCUCAAAGCUGCCGAGAACCUCGAGAGUUUGCUGCCAGAAGACGACCCGGAGCUCCUGAGGGUCCAAAAUGAGGCAAGAUCGAUCACAACGCCUGGGGACUACAAGUUUUGGGCGAAGCGUCUGAAGCACUGGUAUGCCCUUGAGGAUGAACCAGAUAAUGCUGAGUAUCGGGACCCCGAGGUUGGGUGGCAGCUCAUGGUUGCGUACGCCGAUUGUCUGCUCAAAAACAAGAUAUAUGACGAGGCAUACCGGCGGUACUGUGAGGCGAAAGAGAUCUUCGAGCGAAUCUAUGGGCCCUACGACAAGAAGAUACUGGAAAUCUUACGUCGCAUGGUCGUUUGCAAGAUAGAAGCCAACGAUGGUGACCUUGCGGUGGGAAUCGCGAGAGAGUGCCUCGGCCGGUCAAGGCGGUCAACGUCGAUGGAUGAGGCAUGGAAAGAGUCUAAAGCCGAGUUGGAAGUCAUGAAGGCCGAGCUUGGGGAAGAUCAUAUCCUGGUCAAGCGCUUUACCCGUUUUGUGGGCAAUGGUCCAGCAAAAACCCGCGAGGAGCAACUUAAAAAGCUUUCUGAGUGCUUUGGCCCGGACAGCACAUUGGCCAAACAAUGCCAGAAAGAUAUCGAGGACGAGAGGCAGACCACCUUAGCUGAGGCUAAAGACCAAGAUGACCAAAUCAACCCUGCUAAGCCUCGUCGUCGUAUCUAUCUUUGCGCCUGCGGUGAACUCGAACAUGCGGAGGGAUCGUGGCAGAACGAGGCCCAUGGAAACGAGGCAGCUCAGUCCGGCAACAAAGAGUGCAGUGUUCGUGAUGGAGGGGAUGGCGAAAGGCCGCAGUCAAAGGUGUGGGACGCCCCACGAGAUUCGGGAGAAGACCUACCGACGGCAACGACGCCUCUGAAUAAAAUAAAGGGCUAUGACAAGGACCGGUGGCUAAAUAUACCUAUGUAUUUUGCUGGCAUGUACUAG